GGGAAAGACGACGUGUUCCAAGUGUUGGGCAGUGUUUUGGGAGCGUUUGUAAUCCUUAUUUCCGAACACUUACCUCCAGUGAACAUUUUGUAGGGUUCACCAAAUAUUCAAGUCGUUGUUCAAGUGUUCAGAAGUGAUAUCCGAGGUUUUUAGAGAAGGAAAGGGACCAGAAUAUUCUCGAUAGUUUCACACUUCAGAUCUGAGACGAAGAAAAGAUGGCGACCUCAGUGCCACUGCCCACGUUUGUAGCGAACCCCGAGCCGAGCGGAAAGGGACAGAGUUCCAUCAUGGACGAUUUCAUGUACGGUACCAACGUGGCCUCCUCACAUGUCUACAUCAGAAUGGCCUUCCUGAGGAAGGUGUAUGGCAUCCUGUCCAUGCAGCUGGCCCUCACCACCAUCAUGGGGGCGCUCUUCAUCUACACACCGGCUAUCAAGACUUUUGUACAAGGAAGUCCCAACCUGUUGAUGCUUGCCCUGUUCCUUUCCCUGGGUAUCCUGGUGGCUCUACACAUCAAGCGUACAGAGUACCCCACCAACAUGUACCUACUGGCAGCUUUUACAUUUGUGGAAGCAUACUCUAUUGGGACUGUAGUGACGUUCUAUGACCAAGCGAUCGUGCUUCAGGCGUUUGCCCUGACCCUGUCGGUGUGUGUGGGUCUGACACUCUACACCCUGCAGAGCAAGAAGGACUACAGCUCAUGGGGGGCAGGAUUGUUCUCUGCUCUCUGGAUCCUCGUCAUUGCAGGUUUCCUACAUCUGUUCUUCCCCCGUAAUGACAUCAUGGAGAUGGGUCUGGCGGUGGGAGGGGCCAUCCUGUUCUGCCUGUUCAUCGUGUUUGACACGUCCAUGCUGAUGCACAAGCUGUCCCCCGAGGAGUACAUCCUGGCCUCCAUCAACCUGUACCUGGACAUGAUCAACCUCUUCCUGCACAUCCUCAGGAUCCUCAGCGAGGCCAACAAGAAGUAGGGGACGUCUUG